UCAGCGUCUGCGCGCUCACCCCAAAAAAAUUUCAAACACCUCUGCUAAAUGUUAAUGGCGGUACUCACCACACCAUUUUCAGCUUAUUAUAAACUCAAAACCCAUCUCCUCUCUCUCACAAACAACCCACUCGCUCUCCCUCUCCGUCUUUCUCUGUGUAGUUCUAUCUUGGAUUCUCCAUUUUCGAGCACUCUCGAUCUCCAAUGGCGGACCAAGGAAACUGCAUGAGGGUCACCCGUUUGGCGGCGAAGAAGAGAGCGGCGGAGGCUAUGGCGGAUUCCGAUCAGAACAAGAGGAAGAGGGUUGUUCUGGGCGAGAUUCAGAACGUGCUUCCUUCACAAGAUGGGGGUUUGAGCAAGAAACAGAAGCUUAGUGUUGAGAGUGAGAAGCUGAAGAGUAAGCCCAAGAGGAAUGUGAAGAAAUCGAAAGUGGGUCCCACUGAAACCAAGGGUUUGAAGGUGGUAAUUGAUCCUGCAAUUGAUUCCGUUGCGAAAUGCGACGAUCCCCAGAUGUGUGGAGCCUAUGUUUCUGAUAUCUAUGAAUAUCUUCAUACAAUGGAGAUGGAAGCUAAGAGAAGGCCGAUGUCCGAUUAUUUGGAGAAGAUUCAGAAAGAUGUAACUGCAAACAUGAGAGGGGUUUUGGUGGAUUGGUUGGUUGAGGUGGCGGAGGAGUACAAGCUUCUAUCGGAUACAUUGUAUCUAACCGUUUCGUACAUCGACAGAUUCUUGUCUAUGAAUGUUAUCAGUCGGCAAAAGCUUCAGCUUCUCGGUGUUUCUUCAAUGCUCAUCGCCUCGAAAUACGAGGAGAUUAGUCCUCCACAUGUCGAAGAUUUUUGCUACAUAACCGAUAACACGUACACCAAGGAAGAUGUGGUAGAUAUGGAGGCUCACGUGCUUAAAUCCCUCAAAUUCGAAAUGGGGAAUCCUACAGUGAAGACGUUUCUCAGAAAAUUCACCAGAAUUGCUCAAGAAGAUUUUGAGGAUUCGAGUUUGCAAUUGGAGUUCUUGGGCUACUACUUAGCAGAACUAAGUCUGCUCGAUUACGGAUGUGUGAAAUUCUUGCCGUCUGUGGUGGCUGCAUCAGUGAUGUUCUUAUCGAGAUUUACACUUCAACCUAAGCUACAUCCUUGGAGUUCGGCUCUAGAAAACCAAUCGGGAUACAAAGCCGCGGAUCUAAAAGAAUGCGUGUGCAUUCUGCACGACUUGCAAUCGAAGAAAAGAAGUGGUGCUUUGGUAGCCGUGAGGGAUAAAUACAAGCAACACAAGUUCAAAUGCGUAUCGGAACUGACCCCGCCAUCGGAAAUACCCGAGUCUUUUUUCGAUAUCGCUAGAGAUUGUAACUAGGGCACUGGUCUUGAAGGCUUGGAAUCGAAGGGGAAAUGUACAUAAAAGUGGUGGUGUACGAAAGAGAUCGAGGCCUCUCUGCUUGUGUUCUUCGUUGAAUCCAUAUGGGGUUUUUUCUGCUGCCAGCUUCGCCGGAAGGGUAGAUUAGUCCAUUACUAACAUAGAUAGGCUACAAUAUAUGUUUUUUUUCCUUUAGGAAGUUUUUCUGCUCUUCUUCUUGAUUAUGAUUUAUGUUGACAUACUUGAAAAUUUUAUCAAAUUUAUAUAUUAUUAAUAGUAUUGAGCUUUU